UGCACAUUUUAAGCAGAGUGAGCAUCCCCCGCUUCAAAUAGCACUUGUAUAAAUAGCGCACGCGUUAGCGCGCAUUUGUGAACACUCUCACUCACAUUGAAGCGAAAUGGAAGACGAUACAGGAGAGAAAUCAAGCAUUGUGAUCGGCCUCAUAGAGAACAGAGCCAAAGAGGUUGGAAUGGCUGCUUUUGAUUUAAGGUCAGCCUCACUGCAUCUGUCUCAGUAUAUCGAAACUAGCAGCUCCUAUCAGAAUACAAAAACUCUGCUCCAAUUUUAUGAUCCUGUGGUGGUCAUUGUUCCUCCAAACAAAUUUGCACCUGAUGGCAUGCUCGGAGUUUCGGAUCUGGUCGAUCGGUUUUAUGCUUCAGCCAAAAAGGUAGUAAUGGCCCGUGGUUGCUUUGAUGACACCAAGGGUGCUGUACUAAUUAAAAAUCUAGCAGCCACAGAGCCUUCAGCUCUUGGUUUGGAUACUUACUACAAGCAAUACUAUCUCUGCUUGGCUGCUGCUGCAGCUACAAUCAAGUGGAUAGAAGCAGAGAAAGGGGUUAUCGUCACCAACCACUCAUUGUUGGUUACUUUUAAUGGAUCAUUUGAUCACAUGAGUAUUGAUGCCACCAGCGUCCAAAAUUUAGAAAUCAUUGAGCCAUUUCAUUCUACCCUCUUGGGAACAACCAGCAAGAAAAGAAGUCUAUUCCACAUGCUCAAGACAACGAAAACCACAGGAGGGACUAGACUUCUACGGGCCAAUCUGUUGCAGCCUUUAAAAGAUAUUAAGACUAUCAACACUCGGCUUGAUUGCCUGGACGAACUAAUGAGCAAUGAACAGCUGUUUUUUGGACUCUCUCAGGCUUUGCGUAAGUUUCCGAAAGAGACUGAUAGGAUACUCUGUCACUUCUGCUUUAAACCUAAAAGAGUCACUAAUGAGGUCUUGGGUGCUGAUAAUGCUCGAAGGAGCCAAGUGUUGAUAUCAAGCAUUAUUCUACUUAAAACUGCUUUAGAUGCCUUGCCUUUACUCUCAAAGGCGCUUAAGAAUGCAAAAAGUUUUCUUCUUGCAAAUGUUUACAAGACUAUAUGUGAAAAUGAGAAAUAUGUUUCCAUUAGAAAGAGAGUGGGAGAGGUGAUCGACGAAGACGUGCUUCAUGCACGGGUUCCCUUUGUUGCCCGAACACAGCAGUGUUUUGCUGUCAAGGCUGGAAUUGAUGGACUUCUGGAUAUUGCACGGAGAACGUUUUGCGAUACCAGUGAAGCAAUACAUAAUCUUGCAAACAAGUAUCGAGAAGAAUUUAAGCUGCCAAAUCUGAAACUUCCAUUUAACAAUAGACAAGGCUUUUACUUUAGUAUUCCACAGAAAGACAUCCGGGGAAAGCUUCCCAGCAAGUUCAUUCAGGUCCUGAAACAUGGGAACAAUAUACAUUGCUCAACUUUAGAACUUGCUUCAUUGAACGUGAGAAAUAAGUCUGCUGCUGCAGAGUGCUAUAUAAGAACAGAAGUUUGCCUUGAAGCCUUAUUAAAUUCCAUAAGGGAGGAUGCCUCUGCACUAACUCUGCUUGCAGAGGUCUUAUGCCUUCUAGAUAUGAUCAUUAAUUCAUUUGCUUACACAAUCUCAACGAAGCCUGUUGAUAGAUACACUAGACCAGAAUUUACAAGUAAUGGCCCAUUGGCAAUUGAUGCUGGAAGACACCCUAUCCUGGAAAGCAUACACAAUGAUUUUGUUCCCAACAAUAUUUUUCUAUCAGAAGCAUCAAACAUGGUAAUUGUCAUGGGCCCAAACAUGAGUGGGAAGAGCACUUAUCUUCAACAAGUGUGUCUCAUAGUUAUUCUUGCUCAGAUUGGUUGUUAUGUUCCUGCUCGCUUCUCAACUAUAAGGGUAGUUGAUCGCAUAUUUACAAGGAUGGGUUCGGUAGAUAAUCUUGAAUCAAACUCCAGUACGUUCAUGACAGAGAUGAAGGAGACUGCUUUUAUCAUGCAGAAUGUCUCCCAAAGUAGUUUGAUCUUUAUGGAUGAACUUGGGAGAGCUACUUCUUCAGCUGAUGGAUUUGCGAUUGCCUGGAGCUGCUGCGAACAUCUGUUAUCACUCAAAGCGUAUUCCAUAUUCGCUACUCACAUGGAGAACCUAUCAGAACUAGCAACCAUCUAUCCAAAUGUCAGGAUUGUUCACUUUCAUGUUGACAUAAAAAGCAACCGUUUGGAUUUUAAGUUUCAACUCGAGGACGGACCAAGACAUGUACCGCACUAUGGCCUUCUAUUAGCAGAAGUGGCUGGACUGCCAAGCUCAGUCAUUGAAAUGGCUAGAAGCAUCACAUCAAAGAUUACAGAAAAGCAAACUAAGCAAACGGAAGUAAACUGCAGGCAGUACCAUCAACUGCAGAUGGUGUAUCGUGUAGCUCAGCGAUUGAUAUGCUUAAAGCACUCCAACCAAGACGAGGAUUCUAUCCGGCAAGCAUUACAGAAUCUCAAAGAGCAGUACAUAAAUGGAACACUUUAAAGCUUGUCGCAAGAAGUAACAACCCUCCAGUUCCAGGAUGUCCAAACUGAUUUCUUGUUAUAGCAAAAGUUUCGAGACUAAAAAUUAAAGUUCUGAAAUCACCUUCCUGAGUGCAAUACCAUCAUGUUAACAUGUAGAUCCCAAGUUUCCAUGUACCAAUAAUUUUCAUCGUAAUUUUGCCAACAGGCAGGGAAGAAAGGUUAA